CCGAGAUUGCAUUCGAAGUGUGCGACGAAGCAUCAAUAUCAGUCAUCCCCGCACCGCGACUUGGUCUCUCAACGAUGAAGUCAACAUCUGCAUUGGCCUUUGCCAGUCUCGUGACGUCCGCUCUUGGGCAUGGAUACUUAACCAUUCCCUCCAGCCGUACACGGCUUGGUUCGGAGGCUGGCAUAGACACCUGCCCCGAGUGCACUAUUCGCGAGCCCGUCGAAGCCUGGCCAAACGUCACCGCAGCCACUGUCGGGCGCAGCGGGCCUUGCGGUUAUAACGCCCGAGUGAGCGUUGACUACAACCAGCCGUCCGCCAACUGGGGCAACUCCCCAGUGGCAACAUACACGCCCGGUCAGACGGUUGACGUGGAAUGGUGCGUCGACAACAACGGAGACCACGGCGGGAUGUUCAGCUACAGGAUCUGCCAGGACCAGGAGCUGGUCGACAAGUUCACAAAUCCGAAUUACCUGCCCACCGACGCGGAGAAGCAGGCCGCCGAGGAUUGCUUCCAGCGAGGCACCCUGAAAUGCACGGAUGUGUCAGGCCAGACCUGCGGCUACAGCCCUGACUGUUCAGAAGGGCAGCCCUGUUGGAGGAACGACUGGUUCACGUGCAACGCGUUCCAGGCCGACAGCCGACGAGCGUGCCAGGGCGUUGACAACGCGCCGCUCGGUUCUUGCUUCACCACCAUAGCCGGUGGAUACAAGGUGACCAAGAAGGUCAAGAUCCCCGACUACGUGUCGAACCACACCCUCCUCUCCUUCCGCUGGAACUCGUUCCAGACGGGUCAGGUCUACCUUACCUGCGCCGACAUUGCAAUAUCUGGUGGCGGGAGCGGAACCAGCCCCCCUCCGGCGACGACCUCCGGCUCAGGCUGUGCGGUUGCCCAAAACGUCGCCGUGACGUUCAACGAGAUCGUCAAGACGACACCGGGCCAGACAAUCAAGAUCGUGGGCUCGAUCCCGGCCCUCGGGAACUGGGACGUCUCGUCGGCGCCGGCCCUCUCCGCAGCGCAGUACACGAGUUCCAACAACCUUUGGUCCAGCACGCUGACUCUGGCAGCGGGGCAGACUUUCGAGUACAAGUUUGUCAACGUGCCGUCCAGCGGGACCCCGACGUGGGAGAGCGACCCGAACAGGUCGUACACGGUGCCUCGCGGCUGUUCAACAGCUGCGACUGUAAGCACAACCUGGAAGUAA